AUUUAAGGUAGCGGUUUCCAUAGCUUUCAGUAACGAGUGCAUUUCUUGAUUACUGUUAAUGUUCCCUUUUACGAGUUAUGGACUGUCGCAUAGGCGGCAUUCUUUUUUCAUCAAACUUCGACUCGGGAAAUCUAGCUCGUGUCGAGAAAGUCCUACGUGACCCAGAUGAACCUCCAUCAUUAUCACUUCAGUCUAAUUCAAAACAACAACAGCAACUAGUUCAGAAAGCCACUAAUAAAGUCAACAGUAAUAUUUUUGGAAAUUUCGCAAUAGCUGACGUUCGAGCUGAUUACGAGUUCAGGAUGUGGAUUAAACCGGACUGCGCUGGCACUGCAUAUGCGAAUGGGAAUCGGACAUGGUUUUAUUUUUCUAUGCGCGGGUACAGUCCUGGGAAGAUUAUGCGGGCUACUAUAAUGAAUAUGAAUAAGCAAUCGAAAAUUUAUAGUCAAGGCUUUUCCCCGGUUUAUCGCGUCUGCAGUCCAUCAGUAGCUCAGUCUAGGUGGCAACGUAUACGUGAUAAGCCUUUUUGGGAACUAGUCAAUGGACAAUUUCUUUUAACAUUUAUACAUCGAUUCCAGGACCCACGUGGGAGUAUUACGUAUUUUGCAUUUUGUUAUCCAUGGACAUAUAAUGAAAUGCAAACACAAUUAAAUAAAUUAGAUAGCAUAUUUCAUUACAAUAAAAAUGAAAACGUUAAUGUAAAUAGUAAAAGUUUAUGCAAUAAAUAUAAUACGAUGAAGUUGAGUCAAAUAAGCAAUAAUGAUAAAUCUGAAGAUACUUGCAAAAGUUCACCAGAAUUUUUGACAUCAGCGAAUAUGAAUAAAACAAAAAUGAAUAAUGGUACCGUUGAUAUUACUCUGACUUCAUUUGCUCUAUCUUCCUCCCUUUCCUCCUCCUCCUCCUCCUCCUCAUCAUCAUCAUCAUCAUCAUCAUUAUCAUCAUCACCUUCUUCCUCAUCAUAUGAUCCAAAAUGUUUCCCAGAAAAUGAUUUAUUUGAUAAGAUUUAUUUUCAUAGAGAAUUACUUUGUUAUAGUUUAGAAGGAAGAAGAAUUGAAUUAUUGACAAUCACUGAUUGGUCCGGAUGUACUUUUGUUGAAGAGGAUCGCUUUGAUCCAUUAUUAUUUCCUGAUUUAGAUAAAUCUAGACCAUGGAAAUUUACAAAUAAAAAGGUUGUUUUUGUUAGUGCUCGUGUACAUCCCGGUGAAACACCAUCGAGUCAUGUAUUUAAUGGAUUAUUGGAAUUUUUACUACGUAUAAAUGAUCAUCGUGCAUGUGAAUUACGUAAACAUUAUAUAUUUAAAUUAAUACCAAUGUUAAAUCCAGAUGGUGUAUUUCAUGGUCACUAUAGAACAGAUACUCGUGGUGUCAAUUUAAAUCGAGUUUAUUUAAAACCUGAUUUUCUAUACUAUCCAUCAAUUUAUGCAACUAAAGCUUUAAUUAUUUAUUAUCAUACAAACUAUGGAACAUUAAAAUCAUAUGCACCAUUUUUAGAUGAUAUUUUUAAGCAGAAAUUAUAUACUACUACCAACUAUUUUAAAACAAACUCUGAAAAUAUUACUAUCAAAAAUACAAAUAAUCAACCUCGUAUUAUUGAUAAAUUAUCACCUAAUCAAACAAUUUUUCCAUGUGAAGGUACAAAACAGACAAAAGAGAAAAUAUUAUCUGAUUGUGAAACAAAAGAAGUAAAGUCAAUUAAGCAAUUAACUUCAGAAAAUUAUUCGAUAAAAGAAUAUUGUACAACCAUUAAACAAGAUGAAGAAAAAGAAAAACCACAUUUAAACUUUAUAAAUGAUCAUCUGUCAACCACGUUUGAGCAACAAACGGAUAAUCAAAAUAUCUUCUUGACAAAAUUAUUUGAUACUGGAUUAUCAUCAUCAAUAACAUCAAACUCACCGUCGAAAACAGAUAGUCUUGCAGAAAAAAAUCUAUCUUCUAAGUAUUUGUCACCUAUUGAACAUAUGUUUGCUAGUUCUGGUUCGACAAAAAGUGAUGAAAAUACAUCGAUUGUUCAUCGGGUCAACUUUCCUAUUUCUGACACUGAUAAGAAUUCAGUCACUAAUCAAUACGAUACAGAUUUAAGAAGUACUUCAAAUUAUUUUCAUACUAUUACUGAAACGAAUAAUUCACCACAGAAAACAUUAUCACGAUUAAACUAUUCAACGUCAAUUUCAACACCAUCUCAUGACACUGAAUUAAAUAAAAAAGUUUAUAAAAAUGUAAAACCUUCAAAACUAACUAGACUUCCAGUAACAUGUAAUACAGAAUUUGAUUCUCAAAAAUCUCUUGAAGAUUGUCAUGCAGCAUCCCGAACUCAAGAUGCAAUAUCAAAAACAAGUAAUUUAGUACCAUUAGUUACAAAACUUACUACAUCAACACUAAAUUCCAAUGUUGCAAAACAUUCAAGUUCAGAUGAUGGAAUAUCUAAGAAAUUUAGUAACCAAUAUAGACAUAGAAUAGCUGAACAAAAAACACUAAAUCAGUCAAAUUACAUUUCAUAUUUUGAUAAAAAUAAACGCCGUUCAACAUUAAAAGUUGAUUAUCUUCCUUAUUUUUUAAUGAAAUGGAAUAGACCAUAUGAAAAAACCAUAACAACCAAACAUUUUUCAAAAUUAACUUUAGAAAAUUUGAACAUUGUCAAUACACAAAUUAAUUUAAGUAAUAAAAAUGAAAGAAAUGCUAAGCAACAACAUUUGGAAUCGAUCAACACUAUGCAUUCAUCUAAUAAAUUUAAAUCUUAUUUAAAACAUGAAAAAAUAAAAAAACGAAAAAUUAAUUUUAUAAAUGAAAAUAAUUCAAUAUUGAAUGCAAAACAGAUUACUUAUAAUAAUAAUAAUAAUAAUAAUAAUGAUACAAUGACUACACUUAUCCCAUUAGAAGAUACUAUAGAAUAUGAUUACAAUUACAAGAUUAAUACAAAUAAAAUGAUUGUAAAAGACAGUAUGAUAAUAAAGUCAACAAAUCAUACAGUGAAUAAUAAUAGUAAUCAAAUGGAGAAUAUUUCUAAUGAAGAAGUUAAGCAAUUAAUAAAUGAAGAAUUUCACAGUUUCGAUACAUCUCAUUCUGUUUUGGGCAAUGAAGGAUCAGAUUUAGAUGCAGAUGAUUACAAUGAUAUCGAAAGAACCAUUAUCGAUGAAGAUUUAUCAAUCAAUCCAUAUUAUGUAUCUAUCUUAGAAUCUAUUGAAAAAUUAGUUAGAAAAGAAAAGAAUCAAACAAUCGAUUCAAGUGAAAUUAUUAAUCCAAUAAAUAUAAUAAAUGAUCAUUUAAAUAUAAAUGAAUUAAAUAGAAUUCAAUUAUUAAAAGAACAAUUACAACAACUUAGAAAAGCUGAUCAUUUAUCGGAUAUUGAUUAUUUACAUAUUAAUCAAAAUGAUGAUAGUUCUGUUGUAUUUUAUUUUGAUUUACAUGGACAUUGUACAAAACGUGGUUGUUUUCUUUAUGGAAAUUGGUUAGAAAAUGAAAAUAAAAUGGUAGAUAAUGUUUUAUAUGCUUUAUUGGUUGGAGUGAAUUCAAUCUACUUUGAUUUCGAUUCAUGUAACUUUAGUUUACGCAAUAUGUAUCAAAAAGAUCGUAAAGGAACUUCAACUAAAGAAGGUGCCGGUCGUGUUGCAUUAUGGAAACAUUUAGGACUAACACAUUGCUAUACAGUUGAAUGUAAUUAUAAUUCAGGUCCAUUACCAGGUCGUCUUUCAAGAUUUAUUGCUUCAGCGCAUCCUAAUGACAGUAAAUGUUUCACACCAAUCGGUGCAUUUUACGGUCCUUAUUGGUCUGAUAUGGUGAAUACAGCUAGUAGCCAAUCAUUUAACUUUAGUUUUAAUGCAUCCUCAAGUACAAGUCAUACUAGUCACAGUGGAAACCAAGCACUUAAUGGUAUACCACGUUAUACUCCAGCUCAUUAUGAAGACGUUGGUCGAGCAUUAAUGAUAACUAUAUUAGAUUUUAAUCAGAUCAAUCCAUGGCCAAAAAUUGCAAGUCUUGGUAGUUCAACAGCUGAGUCUAAUGUUGGUAUUCCUAAUUUGUGGUCAUCGCUACCAGAAUUUCUAAAUAUCAAUACUUUGAGAGAAUGGGUACGGAAGUAUAUACGAGGGAUUGCACCGAACAACGUAAUGAAUAAACAACUGAUAACCCGAAACACAGAAUAUCUUAUAUCAAAAGUUGAUGAUAUAAGCGGAUCACAAAUGGUUCAUAGAUCAUUAACGACUAACGGAAGUUCAAAAGAGGUAUUAAAUACUUCUUCUGUAUGUUCUGAGUUUACUCAAACUUCACUUGAUCAAAACGCAACGAACCUACUUACAGUACAAUCAGAUUAUAAAAAUCAUUCACACCAACUAAAUCCAAUUACCCAUAAUUUUAAAUGGAGUAAACAUCAAAAUGAGCAACCUCAUUAUGAAUCAGUGGAUUUAUCUAGUUUGAAUUCUGCCCCAUAUUCAUGUAUGUCAUCAACAUCAAACAGCAACAAAACGGUAAUAGAUGAAAGUCAUCAAAAAAACCAGAUCUCAUCGAAUUUGCAUUAUGAUUAUUUAGUGAUGAAUUGCGAUACAACUAGUAAAACAAUUGAUCAAAACAUUGAAAAUGAUAAAAAUCUGUUAAAAGAUAAUACUAGUAAUGAUAUAAAUGAUCAAUUAACUUGUCAUAAGAUUGAAAAUGAUAAAUUAUUGAAAAUUAUAUCUGAAGAUAAUGAAAUAAUUAAUAAAAAUUGUAUAACAAAUAAAAAUAAAAUUCAUUUCUCACUUAAUGACAAACAUUUAUUAAAUAAAAAAUUAAAUCAAGAAUUAAUUAAAACAACAGAAUAUAAUUCAUUAUUAUUACUAACAAAAAAUAAAAAAUCUUUAUAUAAUAUUAAUAAUAACAUAUCAAUUAUCAAUAAUAAUAAUAAUAAUCAAUCAUCAUCUAAUAUGAUCCUAUUUUCAUUGAAUAAAAUCAAUAAAUUUAAUAAUAACAAAUAUAAAUUAAUAGAUAAGAAUAAUAAAUCAAUCCUAAUAAAAAAUAAAUAUUUUAAAAAGUAUUCAAAUGAAAAAAUUAUUCAAUAGCUGUUAGACAACCAUAGAAACUAGUUAUCAAUUUGACUGUACUCCAAUUUAUCUUAAAUUGAACUUAAACCCAUGAUUACUUUUAGACUAAACACGUCAGUUCGAAGAAAUUUAGUCUAAAUGAAUCACGACAAGGAUCUACAAAACAUUCUAAUCCUUCUUCAAAUACGAAUAGUUCGACUGUUAUCAAUGCCAAACCAUUUUCAGCAAAAGGUCAACGACUGCAAAAGUCGAAAAAUGAUAAAGUAUUCAGUGGGAUUAUCAACAACACAGUAUGUCAUCAAAGAUUGCGCUCAUCUAGACUGAAAUCAAUAAAAACACCCCAUUAUGAAAAUAAAUUACUAACUAAAGAUCAUGCUUGGAAAAGACAGCAAUCAAACAUAACUUGCACAAAUAAUAGUAAUAGUAAUGAAGCAUGCUGUCAUGUUUUAUUUGGUGAUAGUGAUUUAAAUGCUACCAUCGAGAAUAAAGAAAAUACUCUCAUUCCCUUGGUGAACCGAUCAAAUUCAUGGACAGAUUUAAGGAUGACCUUAAAAUCUGAAGAUUGUAUUAAAGAAAUUAAAGAAAUGUUUAAAUCAGUAACAUUGGACUGACAGUAAAUAUUUUGCUGUUGUUCUCCUAACCAGUUAGGAAAUUCUUAAUACACAAACUAAUUUAUGUUUUCGUUGUACGUUCCUUGUAUCUUUAAAACAUUCAAAAACAGAUUUAGUUACCUUUCUACAAUAGAAAGAAAUGAGUAGUCAAGAAUAGACAGUUUUCGUGUCAACUUCUCACAUGUAUAUAAUCUUCACAAUGUAUUCGACAGUAAUCUCUUUUUUAUUUUUAUUUUUCCCACUUGCUUUUUUUCCUUUUCUUUUAAUAUUUCUAUGCCACUAUGGUCAACAACAAACAAAAAUCAACCACAUUUCAUAACAGCUUUUAUUGAAUUGGUUUUGUUUUUCCAGUAUGCUUAUAUGGUGUAUGGAUAAAAAUGAAUAAUGUUCAUAGAAAAUUAUGUUUUGCUUCUAAUUAACAUAUCUUUUUAUCAAUAAUUACAAAACUACCUUCUUUGACAACUUGCACUUGACGAUGACGUAAUUUCUGCAGAAUAACUUUAAAAUAGUUUAUUAAAUAUUGACAACCUUUUAUUUUCUGUCAUAAUUGACCGAAGAAAUUAUAAAAUAAUCAAUAAUGGUUCAUGGAAUACAGUUACAUCAUAAAUAGAAACAUUGAAACGUUUAUUUCUACAUACUUGAUCUGUCUACCCAAUAAUAUAAAAAGCAGAACUUGUCUCGAUCUUGUUUAAAGCAAAGAUACUAUAGGCUAUCUACUUCGACCUUGAGGCUAGUAAUAUGUGAUUUUGAUAUGUAACUAAACGACCUUAGGGCAGAGCAAAGUAAACUAUUCUACUACUUGACUGGUUGACAAGCGAGAAAGAGAAAAGAUGAACCAACUGAAACAUUACUCGAUUUA